AUGGAGACGGAUCAUCAAGCGCCAGUGACCCCGCUCGACGGCCACGACGAUACAUUCGUAGGAAUCGAGGGCUCACCCCAUGUUGCCUCCAGCCACGGCUUCCACCAUCAGCAGAGCCAUUCGUUAGACCAGGCAAUGCCUGCCAGCCCACGGCACGAUGAAGACCCCGCUCAUCGAUAUACACCUCCCGUGUCUGUCUCAAGACCGGCCAGUGGACUAUCCAAUCCGAUACAUCAACCUCACAACGACUAUAGGUCAGGCUCAGGCGAACCGUCGAACGGUCGGAACCAUGUGGUGAUCAAGGUUGGCAUGGUUGGCGAUGCUCAGAUCGGCAAGACGUCUCUCAUGGUCAAGUACGUUGAGGGCAGCUGGGACGAAGAUUAUAUUCAGACACUUGGUGUGAACUUCAUGGAAAAGACCAUUUCGAUCAGGAACACGGAGAUUACGUUUUCCAUAUGGGAUCUGGGAGGUCAACGAGAGUUUGUUAAUAUGCUUCCUCUGGUGUGCAACGAUGCCGUGGCUAUCCUUUUCAUGUUUGAUUUGACAAGGAAAAGCACGCUCAAUAGCAUCAAGGAAUGGUAUAGACAAGGACGAGGGUUUAACAAGACUGCCAUUCCGAUUUUGGUGGGAACGAAAUACGACCAUUUCGUCAAUUUUCCUCUUCAGGACCAAGAGGAGAUUUCAAACCAGGCGAGACGCUUUGCCAAGGCCAUGCGCGCAUCUUUGAUCUUUUCGAGUACGAGUCAUAGCAUCAAUGUGCAAAAGAUUUUCAAAAUCGUCCUUUCUAAGGCAUUCGACCUCAAAUGCACGAUUCCCGAGAUCGAAAACGUUGGCGAGCCUCUACUACUGUACCAGUCCGUCUGA